CACGAAAAGGCGUUCGUUUUUCUUCCGAGACGGUCCCGUAGGGCGGCGUUUAAAACACUUUUGAAUGAUAAUUAACGGAAAUGAGCCGACCGCGCCGCUCAGCCGGGGAACUCCGGUGAAUAAAAACACGGUGACAAACUGUUAAAUUACAACCAGAGCGGAGGAAUUUCGGUGAAAAACAGAAGCUACCGAGCCUUUAGUUUACCGCUGUCAACGCUACAGCUGAAGUCGAUAGCGCAGACACAUAGUUAUAAUUCACACAGCGGGACACCCUGGAAGAGACGGAGAAACCUCAGGAGGAUGCUGAGCAAUACGAACUUGAUGUGAAAAUCGUUACGGCAAGAUGUGAGAUGAACCUGGAGAAAACUGCGACCGAGGCCAACGACAUAAUGUUGGUCCGGAGCUCGCACGGCCGAGCCAGAGUGACUCAUGCAGUGGUGGUGAUCUUCCUGGAGUUUUUCGCCUGGGGGCUGCUGACCACGCCCAUGCUGACUGUCCUCCAUGAGACGUUUCCUCAGCACACUUUCCUGAUGAACGGCCUGGUUCACGGGGUCAAGGGCUUUCUGUCGUUUCUGUCAGCUCCUCUGAUUGGUGCCCUGUCAGACAUCUGGGGCAGGAAGUCCUUCCUCCUGAUGACGGUCUUCUUCACCUGUGCCCCCAUCCCCUUCAUGAGGAUCAGCCCCUGGUGGUAUUUCGCUCUGAUCUCAGUCUCAGGAAUCUUUGCGGUGACCUUCUCGGUGAUAUUCGCCUACGUGGCUGACAUUACAGAGGAGCACGAGAGGAGCACCGCCUACGGACUGGUCUCGGCAACCUUCGCGGCCAGCUUGGUGACGAGCCCGGCCAUCGGGGCCUACCUGUCGGCACAGUACGGCGACAGCCUGGUUGUCCUGGUUGCCACGGUGAUCGCUGUGGCCGACAUCGCCUUUGUGUUCUUCGUGGUCCCCGAGUCGCUGCCAGACAAGAUGAGGCUGACGUCCUGGGGCUUCCCCAUCUCCUGGGAGCAGGCCGACCCGUUCGCGUCUCUGCGUCGGGUGGGGAAAGACACCACAGUGCUGCUGAUCUGUGUCACAGUGUUCCUGUCCUACCUGCCUGAGGCCGGACAGUACUCCAGCUUCUUCCUCUACCUGAGACAGGUGAUUGAGUUUUCUCCCGCAGCCAUUGCUGCCUUCAUCGCUAUGGUGGGAAUCCUCUCUAUAGUUGCUCAGACUCUCUUCCUUAGUGUUUUAAUGAGGACUAUUGGUAAUAAGAACACCGUUCUUCUGGGUCUGGGCUUUCAGCUCUUCCAGCUGGCCUGGUACGGCUUCGGCUCCGAGCCAUGGAUGAUGUGGGCAGCAGGAACGGUAGCAGCUAUGUCCUCCAUCACCUUCCCAGCAGUCUCUGCUCUGGUGUCACACUGUGCAUCCCCUGACCAGCAAGGUGUAGCCCAGGGGAUGAUCACAGGUAUCAGAGGUCUUUGUAACGGUUUGGGUCCAGCCCUCUACGGCUUUAUCUUCUUUCUCUUCAACGUGGAGCUGGACGAUAUGCACCCGGUGGCAGGACGACCCGCACAGAAAAUAGAGAAGUCGGUGAUUCCCGGUCCUCCCUUCCUGUUUGGAGCGUGCACCGUCUUAUUUGCCCUCCUCGUAGCCGUCUUCAUCCCCGAGCACCACCGAUUGGCUGAGGCCAAGACCUGCUCCACCCGCAAGUCCAGCAGCACCUCCACUGCACACGCUCAGAGCGCCAGCCCUCUGGCCACGCCCACCAGUGAUGCAGAGGACAUCGAGCCGCUCCUACAGGACAGCAGCAUGUGACAGACAGCCGGGCCGGCCAAUCGCAGCGUUGAGGUCGUGAGCACUGUCUGCUAGUCUCGCCCCUUUCCGAAUAAACCGUUUUCGGCUUUUAUUUUUUGAUUUCUUUAGAUCCAGACUGUUCAGAUUAAAGACUCAGGGAAUGUUGGGCAGCAAUCACACUGACGAGAUUUAUUUCUGUACAAUAUUUCUUCUCUUCGAUACAUUUACUGCCGUAUGUUUGUCGCACAACUUAAUUUCCCUUUUGGUUCAAACAAGUCUCAAAUUUAGACUUAGUUUAACAAUGUAGUUUAAAAUAUUCAAGGACUGGUUGAUUAUAGUCUGGUCCUUCCAGUUUUUUGUUAUUUUUGGUUCAAUAUCAAUUUUGUUGAUCCAACAACCGUAUAGAGAGACAGAAGUCAUUGAGAGAAAGAAGAGGUAAUGUUGCCUGAGAUCAAACUAGGAACAUGGCAGUUACACACAUUUUAACCACUCAAACACGAGGAUCUCAGCCUCUAAGUCCACCUUAGCUCCAUGUCACCGAACUAGUUUUGGUCUUUAGCUCCUCUAGUGAGAAGGUUGUGAGGCACAUCUGCUCCCAGUGUGACCUUAACCUCCUUCACCUGGUAGAUGACGGAGACGUACUCAUGUGAAAACGUACCGCUUGUGAUUUAGUUUAAAAUACUAUGAAGUAUAACCCACCAUGCAAAUCACUUUACUCAUGUGUUGUUGUUUUUUGCCGUCAGUCUGGUUGCCACCUAAACACUCUAGAGUCAUGGAGUCAUUUUGCAUCUGUAUCUGCUGCACCUAACUCCACCUGUCGGGUCUGCAGAAGUCAGGAGAUCAAACGCCCCCUUUUUGUACGGGACCAGCGGUGAGGUGGAGGUGUGUUGAAAUCUCCACACAGGUGACCACCAAGCGUCCCGAAACUACAGACUGUUUUAACUGAAACUUUAUACCAGGACGGAGAAAUGUGGUAGAGGAUGGUGAGGUCAGAGCUGCUCGGCAUUGUGGGAUAUGACACAGGAGAGGUGAGACUGGUGGGAGUGAAGUUGUCGCCUGCAGGCGCAGGGUGGCUGUUUUUCUAUUGUCGCUGUUUAUAUUUUAUCUCCACAUUACUGACUGUUUGUACUCAAAUAAUGAGACUUGUGGUUACCAUGUUACCAGGACACUGGACUGUCACUCACACUGAGCAUGUGCAAGCUCUGACCGGCUGUGACAUCAUCAUCCUCUACUGCUGUGUGUUUCAUAUUGAGGAGAAAACUAGAAAUAGAAACGUUGAUAUAUUUAAGAAAUUAAUUCAAACCGUUUGAAGUGCUUUUAGGUGCGCUUGUACAGAGCCCGCUAGGUGUCAUGAGGGGUGGGGGGUUUAGGGGAUGGAAUCUAAUAUGUAACCACGAUUUACCGAUUAGUGCUCUGGAUUUAAUAUCAAGUUCUAUAGUUUACCUCCUCCCCUGAUGGCAGUAAAUAAGUUCAGUUAGACAUGGGUCUGACAAAGACAUUUAUGAAGUGCCCCAGUUCUUUAUGAACGGUAUGACAUCCACAGUAUAACCUGUCAUCCUGUAAAAUGCUUUUAGUGGAUCUCAAAGAUAAAACAAAGUUGUGUUUAACAGACAACACCUGAAGUAUCUCUGCAUAUCAGAGUCCAACUUAAACGUUUAUAAGAGAUCCAGUAAGAGAGUGACCUGAAGCUGAUGGGUUAUCUUAAAUCAAGAGCAUAAAUGACUAAAUCCUGCACACCAAUGAGAUGUUUUCCUCCAUGACAUCCCCAGCUGGGCUCAGUGCGCUUGUUUCGCUUAUGUCACUGGAUCACAUUUCAGUAUCCGAUCUAUUGACAUCUCCUCAACAUAUCAUUUUGUGUUCAAAUACUUGAAGUGUGUCGAGCCUGUCGGUUAUUUUCAGGCUCUGGUAGUGCUUCUCCUGCCGCUCCAGGUAGGACGAAUCGAGCGCUCGUGAGUUACUGAUGUAGUUUAAACAUGUGUUUCCAAUCCAGGCCUGACAGCCUGAUCUUGAUCUGUGCAGUGAGCGCUCUGUUCUCGUUGUGUUAAGUCUCACUCUGACUUUCAGAGCCGACGGGUUGUUGAGAACCAAAUUGUGCCAUUUGCUAUAAUUUUGUUUAUCUAUUUUGUUACUUUUGUUUUCAGAUGUUUUUUUUUUCUUUAAGAGGUCAAACCACGUCUUUCCCCCUUCCCUUCAUAGUCAGAGCUGUUACCAUGGCUACAGCCAGGAGAUGCUUUAUCCAUAGCAACAGCUUUGUAACUGUACUGUAUUGAUGCCAAACUCCACCCAGCUGUCUAGAUGGCCGUUAGUGUUCUUCACUGGUGAAAGAUGAACUAAUCCGUGAAAAAGACGUGUCAUACCUCACCCAGUGCAGGCUGGGACAGGAUGCAGCCCCCGGUAACCUUGAAUGGGAUAGAUGUGAUGUUUAAAGGACUAUAUGUGGAUAUAUGUUGAUCAUUUUUCAUCUCUUUUUAGAUUAUUUAUUUUUCUUCCUUCCAGACGACAAUUUAACUUUUAUUUCAGCCUGCAGAGGCUUGAAACUUUACUAAACUUCUAAAUAAUUUCCUAUUUUGUAAAAAAAAAGGUUAAAUAUGUUUUAUUUUAUACUAACUUCAAACACUACUACUGUACUAUGAAGUAGCAUAUAAUGUAUACCGUGUACUGGGACACAGCUCUUUCUGGUGGUGCAUUCAAGGAUGCACUGACAUCAAAGAGCCUAAAAGCACAGCUAUUGUUUAAUUCACAUUAAAACUUCUUUACUAUAAUAAAUACAUUUAAACAUGAGUAGGCAGUGUUGCAAGACAAGUUUAGCGUGCGUGUGUCUUCUAAGCUACAGUAUGUCCUUGAAAUCACCAACGAGGACAGACAUUCAUUUAAUUGUUUUCCUGCACAAUCUUCAAUUAAACAUGGAGUGUUUCACGUCUCUGCAGGUUGAUUAUUUUUAUAGAAAUUAACAAACCAAAAGGAAGGACAUCACUCGAAAAACUGAUGGAAAAUAAUCUGCAGGAGUGGAUCGUACAUGAGCUAAAACAUGCAAAACCUUUUGUAGCUCGACAAGUUCGAACCUUCAAGAUGUUACGUAAAUCCAUUACUGAUAGUCUGUUACAGAUUUUUUUUUUUUUCUUUACACGUCCUCCAUACAUCACUCAGUCAAAAUUAUGUAAGUGGCAUAUAUGCUGCACUCAAGUUAUAUCUAAUGUGUGGGAAAUACUAGCUUCUGACGGGAAGGUGUCUGUUACAGGUCUCAGUACCGACGUCACAAAAGUAACCAAAACUUUAUAUAGGAUGAUGUCCGUUCAAAGUUUCACUCUGUAUUUAGUUUGCCGUUUUUUUUUUUUUUUUCUCCAACUUGACCUGAAUGCAGCAUCAAUGUCGUUGCAGCUACAGAAACACCUGAGUGUUCUAAAGAUGAUGGUGUGCAGCUUCAUGAAGCACAAUCACGUUACAACCAGACAGGAUUAAUCUAAAAAAUAUAUAUAUUUUUAAUUUAACCUCAAGCUCUGCGUCAGUUCCUCAAACCAAACUUUUCGGACUCGACUGAGACUGUAAUCUUUAAUCUCCUGUUUGAUUUUUCUCUCUUUCUCAAAGAUGAUGUCAAAAACAGAAAGUUGGACCAACAUUAUAUAUAUUUUUUACACUCUGAGUCUGAAGCACUGCAGAGUUGUCACGCAAUAUCCCGGAAUCCACCAGUGUUAUUACAUCCUGUAUUUGCUGAUGUUGUCGUCGUCCUCCCGUUUAGCUCUCUGUUGCUGCUGCGUCUCAUAGGAAAGUUUCAUCACUCCUCCGGACAACACUGUGUAGUUCCUACACAUUUAGCAAACAGUGAAGAUUAAUUCUGCGCAUCUCUGCUAGAGCUCCAACGAUUAAUCGAUUAGUUGAUCAGCAUAAAAUGAAUCUGCAAAGGUUUAAGUCAUUUCUCAGUUUUCUGCUUCCAAAAAUCAAAGAUUUCUUUCUUUGUCAUAUAUGAUAUUAACCUGAAUAUCUUUUGUGUUUUGGACUGUAGGUCAAAUAUAAUCAUGGUCACAUCGAGCUAUGGGACAUUGUAACGGGUAGAUUUCACUUUUUUUUUAAAUAUUUUUCUGAAUUGAAAACUGACAUACUGAAAGCUUUCAAUGCUCAUCAUUAUAAUCAGCUGUAUUUAUUUUUGACAAAGUUCUCACGCAGAUGCUUACUCUUUGAGAGCUUUUGUAGAAAAACAUGUUUAUUUUGUCUAUUCUGGUAGCCAAUCAUUUCAACUUUCCGAUGGGACAUGAAGCAACAUGGCCACCAGUUAAAACGGACAUUACUCAACUGAUGAUGAACCGAAGCUUUUUGAAACUUGUUUUUGUAUGUCAGUACUUGUUACUGAAUAUAAAUCUUUAGUUUUACUGAGAAGACUUAUUUUAGCUGAUGAUAAUUAUUAUAACGGAAAAAGAAAUGUACGCGGUCAAGUAUUUCUCCUCCUCGUGUACAUGAUGCAGAACAUUUGCUGAUUGCUGCACUUUAACUUUCUUUUCAACGUGUGCCUCUAAUCAUUCUUCAUGUUCAUAUCUGUUUUUAUAUAUAAACAAAGAGACGCUGAAUGACGUCUUUGUGUUGUGCAUUUGCAGUUGCUUUUAUCUUAAGAACAUAAUUUUGAAUAAUAUCUAUGAUAAUAAUUAUAAUAAAGACAAAUGUAUGGAAUUUAAAA